AUUGGACCGGGUCUAAUCCAAAGAGUCGAAUUAGGGUUUUUCAUUUUACUUGCUAUAAAUUCUGACAGAAAGAAAACACCCUCUUCCUCUUCACUCUCCACUGCGCAACAAGCGAAGGUUCUUCAGGUGAGGAAGUAGAAGAAAAUGGCGACAGUACCUGGACAACUCAUCUGGGAGAUCGUGAAGAAGAACAACGCUUUCUUGGUGAAGGAGUUCGGAAGGGGCACUCAGAGCGUGCAGUUCAGCAGAGAGCCCAACAAUCUCUACAACCUCAACACUUUCAAGUACUCUGGUUUGGCGAACAAGAAAACUGUUACUAUCCUGCCUGCUGGUAAAGACCAAUCUGUGUUGCUGGCAACAACAAAGACAAAGAAGCAAAAUAAGCCGAGUGCUUUGCUUCACAAAUCUGUCAUGAAAAAGGAGUUCAGGAGGAUGGCAAAGUCAGUGCAAAAUCAGGUUGCAGAUAACUACUACAGGCCUGAUCUGAAAAAGGCAGCUCUGGCAAGGUUGAGCGCUGUGCAUAGGAGCCUCAAAGUUGCCAAGUCUGGUGUGAAGAAGAGAAACAGACAGGCUGUCAAGGUUCCUGGCAGGAAGUGAAUUCACAAGACUUCAAUUGCAUUCUACAUUUCUACCAUCUUUUUGUAGUUUUUGUUCCAGAACUCAGAUUUUAGAUUUGCGGAGUUUUGUUUGGAAAGGCAAUUAUUGUGUUUUCAAUAUACAACUGGAACUACUAUGUUAUAGUUUUCAAUCAUUUUUUUUUUUACGAAACGGUUCAAGGAUGGAUGUUCUUGCUAUGAUCAUAUUUUUUGACAAUGA